AUGGUGUCAUAAUUGGCAUGUCUCAAAGAACCUUCUCCUGAGCCUAACCCGAUACCUGAGGGUCUGAGUUAGGUUUAGAGUAGACUUGGUGAUGUUAUAGAGAGCGAUGGAAAAAAGGAGGGGAGAAAGAAAGUGAGGUAUGAGCUUCUCCCAAACAACCCGGUUGGGCCUAGAAGUUCAGAGGAGGAUGUUGAAUUGUGUUAUAGCAUAUCUAAACUACUAAUAAGAUUUUCAUUGAUGAACUAACUGAAAAUAAAACUAAUCACUGAAAUUAUUUCACCAGAUAGAAAAAAUCAGAAUUGUUUCCGCAUAUUAAAAAAUGUAUUUUUAAGGGAAGAGAAAAUUCAAGACGCUAUUAAUUAUCAUUAACAAAUAACAUAAGUGGUUUAAACUGUAGAAUUUUAGGAGAAAAGAAUUUAGAAAGAUGAAGCUUUACAAUAAUAAAUUGUUACAUAUUAAUCAUAUAAUAGCAAGUUAGAGGAAAUUUUAUAGGCUUAAAAUAGACUCAAAACUCAUAUUGAAGAGGCAAAUAAAAGUAUUUAAUAAACAGAUAAGCAAUUUUUGGAUAAACAUCAGUCUUAAAUUCAAGAAUUAAAUGAUAAAUUAAAUGAUUACUAGGAAAAAUAUCAGUAUUUCUCAACAAAUUAAAAAUAUUCAAUUUAAAUCACUUAAGUAAUUAAUCAGAUAGGACAAGCAUUUUGUUAUUUAAAUAAUUUAAAAUAAUUAAUAUCUUAAAGGACAUUGCCAGCUUAUUAACAAUACACUCAAAUAUAUUCAGAGAUAUAACAAUCUUUAAAGAGCUUUGAAAAAUAACAUAGUUAAUUGCAUUAAAAAAUUUACAACGAUGAACAAAUUUAGUUAAAAAACCAUGAAAGAAUUAAAACAUUAGAGAUGACAAAAAAUUAAUUGGACUAAUUUAAUUAAUAAAUGAAUCAAUUUAAAGAGUAAGUGAAAAAUCUAAUAAAAAAUGAAUAUUGCAAUAAUGAAACAACUAGAAAUUUAAUAAAUAAUAAGCUAAAAAAUAUGGAUUAAAAUAUAAAGGAAUAAAAUGAACAGUUCGAUAAGUUCACCUAAUUUAAUUAAGAAGAUAAAUGUGAAAAUAUAGAUGAAUAAAUAAAAUAAUUGGAAGAAUUUUAGGGAAAAUUAAAGGAACUCAAAGCUAAUAAUUAAAAAAUAAAGAAAUUCUUACUUUAAAUAAUCAAUUAUGAAAUAGGUUUGGAGAAUAUAUGUCGACCCUAUAAUCAAUUUAAUUUAAAUUUCAAAUAAUUGAAUCAAUAAAAGAAAAAUCCCAGAAAAGAAUUAAAAAUGAAUCAAGCGUUUUGGAUUGAUAUGAAAAAGACUUCAAAUACAAAAUGCACUGUUAUUUGA